AUGGAGGCAAGCAGAGCUAUAUGGGGGCAUCGUCGCUAUCUUGAUGAAAAUCACAGUUGGAGAAAGGAUAAGAAAUCAUUUGAUGGCACUAGGGAGAGAGGGUAUGCAGCGUCGAAGCUGACCGGAGAUGACAUCCUUAAGCAGGUGGAAGAUCUUAUAGGGAUCACCUUGACCAAUCAUCCAGAGAAGAAAAUUAAAAUAUCACACGAAAGACAGGGAGAUAAUUGGAAUAAAAAAGAUGUCAUGCAUAUUGAGAAGAAUAUUUAUGAUAGUCUGCUGGGAACAAUCAUGAACAUUAAAGGAAAGACAAAGGAUAAUAUCAAAGCCCGUCUCGAUUUACAAGCAAUGAGUUUAAAACUGGAGUUACAUCCAAUCCAGAGAGGAGAUAAACUUGUGAUGCCAGCAGCUUGUUAUACUUUAUCCCAAGAAGAGCAAAGCAAAUUUUGUCGAUUUCUAAAGGAGUUAAAAGUUCUAGAUGGAUUUUCAUCCAAUAUUUCUCAAUGUGUAAACCUUAAAGAGCGUAAGAUUUUGGGGUUAAAGAGUCAUGACUGUCACGUUCUUUUGCAGCGCUUGAUUCCUGUAUCGAUUCGUGGCCUUCUUCCUGCAAAAGUGUGUGAACCAAUUAUUGAACUUUCCAUAUUCUUCACUAUAUUAUGUGCCAAGACAUUAAGGGUGGAUGAACUUAAGCAAAUUGAUGAGCAGAUUCCACUUACGUUAUGUAAGCUUGAGAAGAUUUUUCCACCUUUAAUUUUUGAUGUUAUGUUGCAUUUAGUAGUUCAUUUAGCAUCUGAAGCUAUACUUGGAGGGCCUAUUCGAUUUCGAUGGAUGUACCCAGUGGAGCGUCAGCUUUAUACUUAUAAGUCAUAUAUUAGAAAUAGGGCACGUCCAGAAGGGUCAAUUGCUGAAGGAUAUAUAGCAGAUGAAUGCAUGACUUUUUGCUCAAGAUAUCUAAAAGGCUUCGAGACAAAGUUUAAUCGCCUUGAAAGAAAUUAUGAAGAUGACAAUAGAGAAUGUAAUGAAGCACAACUAUCUAUUUUCAGACAUAGUGGGCGGGCAUUGGGUGCUGCCACCACCCGCUACCUUGAUGAACGUGAGUGGUUGCAAGCUCAUAUUUAUGUUCUAAAGAACUGUGAUGAAGUGCAACCACACAUUGAGGACUAUAAUGAAUUCGUAAGAGAACCCACAAAUCACUAUGAUGAUAAAGAUUGGGAUAAGAACUUUAUCGAUUGGUUCCAAGCUCUAGUUUAUCAGAGUUAUCGAGAAGAUGAUGACUUACUUUCACUAUCUCGUGGUCCAAGUAAGAUUGUUAAAUGUUUUACUGGAUUUGUCAUAAAUGGACAUCGAUUUCAUACAGAAAGUCGAGAUAAUUGUUUGUCAACUCAAAGUAGUGGGGUUGCAGUUGUUGGUGAUGCUGGUGAUGGUGGAGAUAUAGAUUAUUAUGGUGCUUUGGUUGAAGUUGUCGAAUUAGAGUAUCCUGGUAGAAGAAAGACGAAUGACCACUUUAUACUUGCUGGCCAAGCAUCACAAGUUUUUUAUGUUGAGGAUAUUACCAAUGAAGGUUGGCAUGCAGUUCUUAAAGCACAACCCCGUGAUUCCUAUGAUAUGCCACCAGAUACAGAUGAUUGUGAGAUAACAGACGAUGGAGUUGAAGCUUAUUUGCAAGAUGAAUCAUUUGAUGCUCAGGCUAUUGCAUUAACAUCAUUGGAAGAUGAUUAUAUUAAUUUGAGAAGGAGUGAUAUUGAUCCAAUUAUUGUAAAUUCGGUCUUAACUUCAAAAAAGAGGAAAAAGACUCAAGCAGAGAAUUAG